AUUAGAGCCCCCGAGAGCAUAAAAAGGCGAAACCUCAGUUCAGCUCCAGGGACUUGCCUUAUCUUGGCAACAAUGGUGUUUGAGUUUCCAAUGGAUGUUGCAAGAAAAGCACGUGUUUCUCCAAGCUGCAACCAAUUUGCAUCUUCUUUCCUGUCCAGAAAAUCGCUCUAGUGGCAUGUGCUCGUUCAUCUGGAAAUAUUAUUUAUCAGUUACGGUUAACCGUCUUGGAAAGCAGAGUAUCGCCUGAGCAAGAUGGCCGCGUGACAUUUAGGAAAGAGAAACUCCAGGCGACAGCCAUCUGGUGUCCCAAAAUCUAAUAUAUUCAUCUUCCUUUGUCCAGUGAAGCAGACUCUGCAGCUAAAUACCUUUCAGGUCAGACCUGGAUGACAUUUGAAUAUUUAAAACCUGGGGAAGAAUUUGAGCCUUUCAAUGAAACAUUAGUCAUGUAAUAGAUCUCGGGUUGCCCUCUUAACAACAAGUGCCAUCUUCCUGCAGAAUUACGAGGCUGCUGUUGGCUCAUUCUGUGGAUUAUUACAGAUAAAAAUAAUCUUUGGGAAGUGCUUUUUUUUUUAAAAAAAGCAUGCUUUAACCUGUGGAUUGGAAAGAGACCUCAUGGGUAGGCCUCGCCCUGUGAUUCCUGUUAGGGAUGCCUAGUUGCUUUCAAAAGACUUUCUUUUGUGUCAGCGCUGGCUUGAGCUUCGCCUCUUUCAUCUUGAUCCUCGUAGCCAUGGGCACUCAGAAGUGGAUGACUGGGAAAAUCCUUUGCAAAACUGGAGCCGAACUGGUCAACGCCACAGAUCCCGAGCUGGUCAAGUUCAUGGGGGAAAUUUACUAUGGGCUCUUUGGGGGCCGCAAAAUGCGACAGUGUGGACUUGGGGGACGCCCUUCCAAAUUCAAAAUGUUUCCACACCUGGUGAAAAAGGUGAACACAACUCUCCACGUGACGAUCAUCCUCUUCCUGUCGGUGGCAUUUUCCUUUGCCCUGGUCAGCUGUGGACUCUGCAUCUUAAACCUCCUGAAAGUUCCUUUUCGGGCUAUUCAAGGACCUGCAGGAAUAGCUCUGUGGAACUUGCUUGCAGGAGGAUGUACCACGUUGGCCGUGAUCGCUUUUGUGGCAGCUGUCAAACUGCAUCGGCUUACAGAAAGAAUUGCCAAUUUUCGGGAAAACGGCUUCCAGUUUCUCAUCCUGGAAGAAGAGUAUAUGCCUUCUUUCUGGCUUUGUGUAGCAAGCGCAACAAUCCACGGGCUGAAUCUGGUCAUAGUUGCCCUCAGCACAGUUCGCUUCCUGACUCCAAAAAUGAAGACAGAAGAAGCAAAUGUCACAGCAGAAGACAUCAUGUACUAAACUCUUUGUUUGCCGCUUAUUCUCUUCUAGACUUCCAUGAUCCGUUGACCAUCUGCGGUACUUUGAAGACACUGACAUCAAGUAGGGCAACUGGGCCUAGAAGGGGGAAGAUCAGCACCACAAACAGGUUGAUUUCGGCAAAUGCUGAGGUCCAUGGACAGCCAGGCCCACUAUGUCCAUACUCUGGAAGAAGAUCAUAUCUCCCUCACCACAUUCAAAACUCUAGGAGCCUUUCACCUUCUCCUGCUGGUUAUAAGGUCUCAUCCAUAGAUCUUCCAACCACCAAAGGAGGACAUUUACCUUUGCCCCAACAUUGUUCAUUGGAAAACAGACAUCUUUGCUUAAUGAAAGCUAAUUCAGUAUAUUCAGGAAAAACUCAUAAUUAGUCCUUGUUCUGUACCUCAGAAGCUAAAGAGGUGAGAUGGCAUUAUCAGAGUUUCUUUAAGUGUAAGGAACAAAGAUAUAACUUUUCCUCCUAUCAUGUGAAACUUUCUAUGUGAUUAUUUUUGAAGUGUGCUAAUUCAUAACCAGACAUGUUACUGUCGGUGAGAUUCCAUAAGCCUCUGCUGAAGAUUUAAAGGAACUUUGCCUCUUUUGAGAAGCAACAAAAAAAUUAGAUGAACAACCACAGUAAUUCCUACUAUGGUUUUUGGCUCCCUCAUGGGUGGGCUAAAGAACUGGCUUUCCCAGCCAAGAAUUGUGAAAUGUUUGGCCUAACAUACAUACAAUUCAUGGCUCAGGUUACCUGAAGUGUUUUGUUGGAGAGCUUGUCAUAUGGCAUUCCCUUGUCCUAUUGUGCAAGGGAGUGGAAUCAUGGAAACUAUUGUGAGCGCUCA